GAUUAAACAUGGGAAGCUGACGUAAUCAUUGCGCGGGUCUGUCAAAAAAAGUAUCUUAAUUUUACCCACCUAACGCUUCUGCUGAAACUCGUAAUGACUGUAUGGCUUUCAGUUAAUGUUCGGGUGAAUUUUGUAAGUCUUCGGGAAAAUUGUUACGUUUAAGGCGCAUUUUUUUAGUUAACGGAAAGUAGAGCAUUACGUGACAGUCAAUAAAUUGGAUUAGCGCUAAGUCAAGUCACCGGUGAAUGAUAGUAUUGUAAACCUGGCUAGCUAGCUAAACGGACAGGUGAGACUGAGCACUAAACAUUAAAAACGCUUGGACCUAGUGUUGUUAUGUGCUAAGCAUUUUCCUUUGUGUGGUCCUCUAGCUCUUCUGUCGUCUGCUAACGUUGCAUGCAAUAAAAGGUUUAGGUCUUCAGUAGCUGUCAGCUGGUGUAGAAGUCAUUGGGUCAUCAUGGAGAGUUACAGUCAGCGGUUUGAAUCCACCACCGGACGGGACAGUAAAUCUCAAAAGAAGAAGGGCUCCACUUCGUCAUACACCGAUGACGGAGACCGCAAACCAAAAUUUCACUUACCCUUUAGAAACAUCACAGAUGAUGUGCUGGACAGAUUUGCCAGUAUUCGGAUUCCCGGUAGUAAAAAGGAGCGCCCACCCUUGACACAAUCUAAGCACAAUGCAAACGACUGGUCCAGUUCUUCAUCCUCCACCUCACAUCAUUUUGAGGAACUAUCGUCAAAGAUAAACUCAGAAAAGGAGAUCUUGGCUCUUUUUGAAAAGAUGAUGGAAGACAUGAACUUGAAUGAGGACAAAAAGACUCCUUUGAGAGAAAAAGACCUCAACACAAAGAAAGAAAUGGUCAUUCAGUAUAUAUCAACUGCCUCUAAAACUGGCAGCUUGAGAAGCAGCCAUCAGAUUUCUCCCCAGGAAUUCCUUAGUGAGCUGAAGUCAGGGGUCAUGGAUGAACGUCUGUUUUCCUGUCUAGACUCACUGCGAGUGUCCCUUACCAGCAACCCCGUCAGCUGGGUGCAAAACUUUGGGCAUGAAGGUCUUGGACUGCUGCUAGACAUUUUGGAGAGGUUGCUAUUCAAGAAACACCAAGAGAAAAUUGACAAAAAGAACCAACAUAAAGUUAUCCAGUGUCUCAAAGCCUUCAUGAACAACAAGUAUGGCUUGGAUCGAAUUCUGGGAGAGGAGAAAAGUCUUGCUUUACUGGCAAGAGCCAUUGAUCCCAACCAGUCUGCAAUGAUGACCGAUGUGGUAAAGCUGUUGUCAGCCAUCUGCAUUGUAGGAGAAGAGAACAUUUUGGAGAAGGUCCUUGAAGCCAUCACCACAGCGGGGGAAUGGCGAGGCAUUGAGAGGUUCAGUCCCAUUGUGCAAGGACUACGCGAUCGCUCAGUUCAAUUACAAGUGGCAUGCAUGCAGCUCAUCAAUGCACUAGUAACAUCCCCUGAUGAGCUGGACUUCAGGCUGCACAUUAGAAAUGAAUUUAUGCGCUGUGGCCUGAAAGAGAUAUUGCCGCAACUGCUAGUCAUCAGGAAUGAGGCCCUUGACAUUCAGCUCAAGGUAUUUGAGGAACACAAAGAAGAGGACAUGAUGGAGUUCUCUCACAGACUGGAAGACAUUAAGAGUGAGCUUGAUGAUGCAGGUGAUAUAUUCAGUAUUGUGCAGAGCAUGGUAAAGGACAGCAGUGCAGAGCCAUAUUUCCUCUCUAUACUGCAGCACCUCGUGCUUAUACGAAAUGACCACUUGAUCAGGCCACAGUACUUUAAGAUCAUUGAGGAAUGUGUUUCUCAAAUUGUGCUCCACCGUAGUGGCACUGACCCAGAUUUCAGUUACCGCAAGCGCCUCGAUGUCGACUUUAGCCACCUAUUAGAGGUGUGCGUGGAUAAAUCUCGAAUAGAUGAAUAUGAACAACAAGCUUCGGAACUGGCACAGAAGUUUGAUGAGGAAUUUCUAAGCAGACAGGAGGCACAAGCUCAGCUGGUCAAGUGUGAAGAAAAAAUAGCUGAACUCCAAGCAGAGCUACAGGCCUUCAGGUCCCAGUUUGGAGCUGUACCCGUGGGGCCGGCCAAUGCUGGACAGGCAUCAUCUUCUUCAACAAUCCCAUCUGGGGUUCCAAUUCCUGCUCCAGCAUCUCUUGGGCCAGUCCCACCACCACCUCCCCCUCCGCCUCCGUUACCUGGUUGUCCUGCACCACCUCCACCACCUGGAAUGCCUCCUCCGUUUGGUGCUCCCCCACCACCCCCUCUUGGAUUUGGGGGUGGUCUAGGCUCACCUACCCACCACACUCUGCCUUAUGGCCUCAGGCCAAAGAAAGAAUUCAAGCCUGAAACCUCCAUGAAGCGCCUGAACUGGUCCAAGAUUCGUCCCCAAGAAAUGUCAGAGGGCUGUUUUUGGGUGCGGGUUGAUGAGGACCAGUAUGCAAAGCCAGAUCUGCUCAACAGAGUUGCUCUUACUUUUGGAUCACAGAGAACAGAAACAAAAGACUGUGAGGAGAGUGUACUGGCAGAGGAACCACCUAAAAAAGAAGAGGAGGAUACAGAGGAUAAGAAAUCCAUAAAGAAGAGAAUUAAAGAGCUGAAGGUGCUCGAUCCAAAGAUUGCACAGAAUCUGUCCAUCUUCCUAGGCUCCUUCCGCAUCCCUUAUCAGGAAAUUCGACGCAUGAUAGUGGAGGUCGAUGAAGAGCAACUCUCUGAACCUAUGAUCCAGAACCUUGUAAAGCACCUACCGGAGCAGGAGCAGCUUAAUGCGCUGGCCACAUACAAAAAUGAGUACUCUAAUUUGUCAGAGCCUGAGCAGUUUGGGGUUGUGAUGAGCAGUGUGAAGCGGCUGCGUCCUCGCCUCAGCCACAUCCUCUUCCGGCUUCAGUUUGAGGAGCACGUAAAUAAUCUGCGACCAGAUAUUCUGGCCGUAAAUGCCGCAUGUGAUGAGGUCAGGAAGAGCCGCUCCUUUGGCCGCUUAUUGGAGCUGGUGCUACUACUGGGGAAUUACAUGAAUGCGGGCUCUCGAAACGCCCAAUCAUAUGGCUUUGACCUGAGCUCCCUUUGCAAGCUAAAGGACACCAAGUCAGCAGAUCAGAAGACAACCUUACUUCACUUCCUGGCACAAGUAUGUGAGGACGAAUUUCCAGACGUGGUCAAGUUUCUUGACGACCUAGAGCAUGUGGAUCGAGCAAGCAGAGUGUCUGCAGAGAAUCUGGAAAAGAGCCUCAGGCAGAUGGAGAGGCAGCUGUUGCAGCUGGAGAGAGACCUGGAGACUUUCUCCUCCUCCGAUGACCCCAACGACAUGUUUCUUACCAAAAUGGCUAGCUUCAGCAAAGUUGCACGGGAGCAGUAUGACAAGCUGGUGAUCAUGCACGGCAACAUGGAGACGCUGUAUCAGAACCUGCUGGAGUACUUUGCUAUUGAUCCUAAGAAGACUUCUGUGGAGGAGCUGUUCACUGAUCUCAGCAACUUCCGUUCAAUGUUCACUCAAGCACUGAAAGAGAACUUCAGGCAGAGGGAGACGGAGGAGAAACAGAGGAGAGCGCGGGCAGCAAAGGAGAAGGCAGAGCGUGAAAAGCGGGAGAGACAGCAGAAGAAGAGGAGGUUGCUGGAAGUCAAUGCAGAGAAUGAUGAGACAGGUGUGAUGGAUAGUUUGCUGGAAGCCCUACAGUCAGGAGCUGCAUUCAGAGACCGCAGGAAGAGAGCGCCAAGACCCAGAGAUAACCACCACCAGACGAUCAGCCCCAGCUCCUUCCGCCAGGUCCUCAGGCCUGUUAAUUAUGGUAAAAACACAAGAUAAAAAAACUGUUAAAGCCUAAAGCACGUUCAGCGCUAUCUUUCAUCUGCUCUUGGAAAUCAGCCUUAAACUGCUCUUGCAUGUGUUAUAUUGUAAAUUCAUAUAUGUUCUGCCUUUUUGUGUGUUAAGUCACCUUGUUAUUUGUUCCUUUAGCUUUUUGUGACCUUGCAUGUUCUUUCUGCAAUUAUGCAAGACUAUUGGUAAAGCAAUUUGAGUCGGUGCUAUGUGUGGAUGUUAAGAAAGUUAGGAUUGAAAUUCUCUGAAAGUAGUGUGUGGGCUGUUCUGGUGGCUCAGUUUGAUAAGACUCCUAAAUUGUGUAGUAAGUGAAGCAUUUUGAAUGCAGUGUUUUUGUAGUAGCUGGGUUCUUUCACAUUCUUUAAAUCCAGGAGAGAAUAACAUUUUUCUUUGGAAUUUAUCAAGUCUGACCUAUGGACUGUGUGUUUCUGAAGAGUGCUGAGGCAUACAGAUAAAGUGCUAUGAUACACGUUGGAUAUAAGCCACUUGUAGCCUAGAUUGCUUCAGGUAUUUAAUAUUCAUCAUCGUCAUUUAGUACGUUCAUAUUAUUGUUUUAAUGUUAAGACAUCUAUCUGUAUAAUGUCCUUAGAAUGGCGAUUGGAUUGGCUACUAAUUAUGCUAAAUUCAGUUAUCCUAUAUUACUCAUACUUGUGAACAGAUAUUGUGCGUUUAGCUGUAAACAACAGCUUUCUUUUGUCAAAGGUUCUGCAAUCAUCACCAAAGCACUUAAAAAUUUAUUCUGUAACCCUAUUACCUCUUAUUAUUUGUAAUUGGAAUCCCAGUCGGCCAAGUGCAGGCACACAUGAAUAAAAUUAUUCACGCUCAAUCCACCCACAUCAUUGAUGGCAAUGAUAAAGGGCCUGGCUCUGUUGUUCUGCUACAGCUUAUCUGAAAUUAGAUUGGAAAGGGAUGAGGGGGAGGGAUAUAUAUAGGGUGGGAGGAAAGAGACAGAUGUGGCUGUAACACAAGAAAUGGAGAGAAAUGGCGUGAGAUAGAGCCACUUGGUAAGGGCGAAAGUUAGGAAUAAUGUGAGAGAGAAAAAUGGACUCAGUGCAGUGUGUGUGUGUGUGUGUGUGUGUGAGAGAGAGAGAGAGAGCGAGUGAGUGAGCCAGUAACUCUAAGAGGGAACAAGCCAAAGCUUUGUACUAUUAGCAGGGGAUUAGAGUAAAUAAUAACAGUGUGAACUGUAAAGGAGCUGCUGCUCAGUGUCCAUGUGGUGCAAAAGACCCCAUGGGGUGUGGUGCAGGUAAGAAGUUGCUGGAAGGUUGCUGACCCAGCUGCCCCCUACUGGCAGCUUCAGACAUGGCGUGUUGAUUAAUAAUGCUCAAGGCUUUAGCCUGUCACUGCAGGCAUCAUACUCACUGCCAGCCUCCCAGAGCAAACACAGCUAAUUACUUUUCUCUGCCCAGCCCCAGCACCAGCUCAGCCCUCUCAGUGCCCAUUCAUCUUAAUUUCCCCCUCUCUGCCAUCUGCCUCCUAAAUAACACUCCUCCUCAUUUCCCUACCAUCCCAUAUCCCCGCUGUCUUUUUCUAUACACUCAUGGCCAUGCAAUGGCCCUCCCCAUACAUAAUUGCCUGUUAUUGGUAUGGAGUGUCUCCACUGCUCCUGCCUCACCCCUUCUUUCCCAUUUCCCUUCUCUCCUUUACUCCUACAGAGAUCCAGGCCUUAAUUGCCCAGAGUUUAGUCGUUGGAGUGAGUGAAACCCACAGGAUGCUCUCUGUUUAUUUGGGAGGUGAUGAAGUUUAGUCUGCGGCACAAGCACUUAAACAGCUGCUUUCACUUUCACACCACGCUACCACCUCCUUUUCCCACUGUUUUAAAUACCCUUUAAUAAUUGAUCUCAGGGGUCUUGCUUCACUCCAGUGGAGCAGCAAAGAGAAUUAAAACAGAAACAUCUGUGCCAGAAGAUACUGUAAUUAGUGGUAAAGGAGAGAGAUUUGAAUGGUCAAUCUGAACAUGCAUGGUGCCAUUAAGUUUUUGCAUCAAGGGAGUCUCGAGUACACCACUCUGUUGUCGGUGCCAAACAAAUCAGAUGGCAGAUUUUUAGAAUGCUGCCUAUCACAGUGUGAUGAGACUGUGGAGUAGUUUGAUAAUGGUUAUAGUGCUUUGUAGUCAUGAUGAGUUUGAUUGCCACGGAAUAGAAAACAGGAUUAGAAGAUGGUUUGCAGUCUCCUACACUGUUUGUUGCACACAAAUGAAUGCAGUCUCUCUCUUUUUAUCCCUUUCCCCUUCGCUUUCAUGCACUCUUUGAUUUGAGGUUGGGCCCCAGUUUGAGUCCCUUAAUUUUCCUCAGCAUCCUCUGUCUCUCACAUCUUGUCUCCUGGUCUACCCCUAAAUUGGCUCAGCACACUUUAACAUGAGCCAGCAGCUAAGGUGUUUAGCUAGGUCUGCAGUCUCCCCGAGCACACGUACACACAUAGACAUAAAAGUACACAGAAACACCAGCAGACUUUAGGAGAUGAAGGUAAGCAGGCUUUACGAUGGCUGUGGCCUGGGUUAGGAUAAGGCUCUGGGGCUCUGGGGCUCCUCAACACUCUAAAUUGGAUUGGGCUCCACAGAAUGAUGGAUCGAUGGUGGUUAGCCACACAGGUGUAAGAUACUUAUUGAAUCUAUAAAGCAGCCAUAGCUUUUUAACUGUGUCCUUCUGAAAACAUCUCUCCAGGCGCUCUCUGGUCAUUUCUGGCUUCUUUGCAAGAUCUCAUCACAGCCUUGCUGACUCCCAAGCUGGCGUGUGCAUGUACAUAUCUAGGGAAAUCACACAGCUGCAUGUUUAAUGGUCGUGUUUGACAGAAAGACAGAGAAAAGGAAAACACAGAGAGUGUGCAACACAGCACAAGCCAGAGGUGCAUUGUGUAAUGCCCUUGUCUUGGAUGAUCUAUUAUGGAAAGUGUGGGGUGGAAUGGGAUCUAUGAAGGAGUAAAUGUCUUUGUCUUUAAGAGCAAUUACUUCAGAUGUCUUUAGUGACACCCGACCUAACAAUUAUCAUGUGUGAUAUAGCUCUGAACUAGAGCUUGAAAUUGAUGUAAAGGUCACUUCACAAAGUCACUUAGCCCUUUUUACCAAGUUUUUUUCCUUCUUACUUGCAGUUGAAAGCAUUAAUGCUUAAAAGUAAGCCUCUAGUUAUUGGAGAUCUUCUGUCCUAUGUGUUUGACGAGUCAACUUUAUGACCCUUUUUGCUGAAUUUAUUUCUGUGUAAUGUCAGAUACUUGGUUCGUGCAGGCGGCUAUUCAGUGCUGAUUUUAAAUGGCUUGGGUAUAGGUGCAAGUGGUAGUGGAAGAUGACUAAUCGACUUAAUUUGAGACUCAACCCACGGUGUCUUUGAGAGGUUGUUCUGAAGAAAAUCAUUACGAUGAAACUGGGGUGAGUGUGCAGUUAAAAUGGAAGUUUAAAAAGUACAAUAAAAUAGAAAGUUUGUUUCCACCCGACUCUGUGUGUUCUCGUGUGCUCACAUGUGGGUGAAAAGCUAGCAUUGCUGGAGCUUCCUGAGGCUGGAUACUCAAGUGGAAUCUGCCGUUAGAUGCUCGUCUUUUUUGAUUGGGCCACUUAUAGACUAUGAUAUGUGGAUUCCACUGCAGGAUGACUGUAUCCUGCAGAUUGCAUAUGGGCUUUUUCAAUCCUUUUCAUAUUCUUGUUCUUUCAAGAAAAAUGUGUGAAAGCUACCAGUCCCUCAAAACUUCCUAAGUCUCAUCUUUAAGUUUUCUUUUAUUUCUUCUUUGCCUUGCCGCUUUUCUCCAGACGUGGCAUAAGCAGAAAAAAAGGGAUUAUUAAACAUUUCAGUGAACUCGAGACAAAAAAAAAGAGCAGCACAGCCUCUCUCUCCUUACUAGAUCUAUUUCAAUUGAUGCAACACGUCAUUGUUUUAAAAGUGUAACUGUAAAAGUUGCUGAUUUAUCCACAUUUGGUCAUCAUAUAUCAUCCACACAUCACAUGCGGCCCGCGCGCUUUUCAUUAAAGUGACAGAUUAUUGUCCAGAAGCUUCUCAGCCGGAACAAUGUUCACUUUCACACACACGUACUCAUGCAUACAUGCAUAAAAACUGUCAGCUUUUACCCUGUAUUUUAAUCAUGUGCACGGAGAAGGUUAAAGGCCAUUCUGGUGUUGCACUGUUAGCCGUGUCUAAGGCUUGGACAGGUGUACUGCUCUCUGUAGUCAUGUCCACAGUCAUCUGGCCACUUGGAGUCACAAUGUGUCUCUUAUUGCCACACUUGAUUGGUGCUUUAGAUGUUUAACUGUUCUUGUCGACAAAGGUAUAUCCAGAUGGGAAAAUGUACCUUGACCUGCCUUUGCCUGUCUGUCUGAAGUGCUGCACUUGGUGUGUGUGCAUGUGCAUGUCUGAGCCGGUGCACAUAUUCAUUGAACAGAUGGAGCAAGAGGGCACCUUAACAAAGUGGCUGUUGUAAUUAGGUCUAGCCUUUACGGUGCGACUUGUGGAAUAGUAAUUGAGGGUUGUAGAGAGCCCAAAAGGAAGCGAUUUCAUUUUUUUUUAUCCAGACUUUGAUGAGAAUAAUAGAAUCUUUUGCAACAAUGCCCCUCCACGUGCUUACAUUUGCACUCAUUCACACAUGUAAGCAGCCUGUGUCAAACAGUCUGAUCUGCUGGCCACAGGAUUUCUUCUUGCUCUGCUGGCGAUUAAUUGCCACAUACACGUAGUGGUCUAAAGAUUUAACCAGCAAUGUCCAUGCACAAUCCAUCUUCCCUUAAUUUGAAGGCCAGAAGCGGCAUCUACCUAGUGUCUGUCUUAGGGCAACUGUAUGGCAUUUAUUUGCAAAUGCACCAUGUUCCCCAUGUGUAAUACAGGCCGUAAUUAAGAUUAUGUGACAUGUCACACUCGAUGUAAUCAUGAUGCUGUUUACUUCUUGUACUGCCUUAAAGGCAAGGACAUAGGUAAUAAAAAUGGCUUUUAAUGGCUCCCACAUGGGCUGCUGCUUCCUGGAUAUGCAGAGGUGUUUUUUAUUGGAAAGGGUUUUUUGUUUUUUUUUGGGCACACAUCACUUUGUGUCAAAACUAAUGACUGUUGUAAUUGGACAACUUCUGCAAAAGUUACCAAUUAUUCAUUAAUGGCAUGUAUGAAUUUCUUCCAUCCUUAUUUAGUGGUGUAUUGAAAAAAACAUUCUGACAAAUUUUGGUGAGCGUUAAUUUACAUAUGGGCGGCAUACAGUGAAUGUGUCAUGUGCAACAGACUUAAACAGAAAGCAUGAAGGUGCAUUUGCAGAGAUAUAUGAAUGCAAAAAUGAAAAUGACUGAGAUUUAUGGAAAAAAAAUUAAUUGCUGUAUAUGUGAUUAUUUCCAUGCAAAGAUGUGUUUGAUUGGCCCGCCAGUUAAAGGAAGAGAGGUUACAUGCGCUAUGAUCAUUACAGUAAGAAAUGGCACUCCCUUUUAUCUUAUAGUCCUUUCCAGAAUGUAAGAAGAUGAGGAAGUGAAUUAGUCUGGCUAGUGAGGUCACUGUAGACUGGACACACAUGCUUCCACACACACACAAACCGAGCUCCACUGUUCAGUCCUAAAUAGAAAACAGAUGAUAACGAACACCUCUGCACUCUGCUCCAUGUCUCUGUGCUGUACAUCCCACAUUUUAGCCAAGUCCUAAGCCGAUCAGGCUCCUCAGAUAUCCACUUUUAGCUGGAUUAUGAGGAAGCUUGGCUGUAAUAAAGGCUGUGAAUCGUGAAAUAGAAAGUGGUGUUCAGCAUGUCGAGCCAAGGACCCUAAUCACUCAGCCCAUUCACACCAGCUCAGACCCCAAACAGCAGGUGAAGCUUUUAAUGUUCGAUUCUUAUUCAGCUGGCUUUUGAGCUUCUCCUGGUCUUUCUUCACAUGCUGUCUCGUCUUCUGACUGCCUAGAUACACAUCUUAUGUGUCAAUGCACAAAGGUCUGAUGAUUCAUAAGCGGUUAGGUUUAAAUACACACCUGAAUUUUUUAAAUGUGACUCUUAGAACUGCUUUGAUCUCUUUCAAAUCUGUAGUAUUUCAUUGCUUUCUUCUUUCUUGCUGUCUUCAUAUUCUUUGUUUCUCCUCUACAUUCCUUUCUCUCAUGAGCGUGUUAUUUACAUUGAUUGAGAAUAGGCUCUUACAUACUGCUCUAGUUAAUAAUGCAGUGAGAAAUGAAGUCAUUUUCACCAUGGCUUUGUGCUAAUUAAAUUUUACAGCAGUCUUAUCGCCCCAGCCACACACAUUCCUGGUCCUCCCACAUUCACCAGUGCCAGCAGCCAUAUCACAUAGCCGUCAGGAAGAGACCGAGCUAGGGAGAUGAUUAUAUGAACUUAUGUUGUUAUGGGAGGGAAAUGAGCGUUAUCGUCUCUUUAUAUCUAUGCUUUCUACAAAGAGAGGUGCUUCAGUUCUGUCUCUGUAGUAAUACCUUUGUUAAAGUAGUCUUAGAAGUGCUAUAUAAAUACUUUUUCCCCACACAGAUUAACAUUCUGCAUCAGUCUUGUCUUUGCCUUUUUUUGUUUGUUUUUGGCUGCCUCUCAUAUUUUGUUUUUCAGUCUAUCAUUUGUAGCUGGUUACACUGUGAACCUUGGCAGGACAAACAACAUUUGUUUGCAUGUGUUUUGAAUGUUGCUAUCAAGCUUUCUUGAUUCAAAGACAAGAAUUUAGGCAGGAGUGAUUAAAGAUGAUAAAUUCUAGUACCCCUCUUGUAAAGACUCAUGUCAAUAUCAUUCUUUGGUCCACCAGACUCGCACAGAAAAAGUUACAGGUGAUCCCAGUGCUUACUUUUUAAGCUUUGCUGAUAAAAGGAAAACAUUAUUCCAAACUGCGUCAUCUCUCUGCUCCUCUUUGUGGAAGUCGCUUGUGCUGCCACUCCGCCUGCUCUGUGUCUCCUCACUGAUCCAGAAGCUCUAAGUGCAGCGACAGGAGUUUCCAUGCCGACAGAACGGGAAGGCCAGCCCUCAGGCAGCAAGAUCUGUUUGAUGCUGGAUCCUACCCUCCCUUAGAGAGCAGAAUUUGGGCUUUGCUUAUCUACUAUAUAUAUUGCCCUUUUAUGUCCAUAUGCUGGCUCAUUCACACAUUAAAGUGCAUGCAGUCACAUGCAUUCACUUGAACUCAUACACAGUCGCACAAACACACAGACACAUCCUCUUGUAGACACUCAGCCUUGAGGCACAGGGCCAUGUAUGUAUCUCUGGCCUCUGGGCUAAAGAGCUUCAUUAUUCAGGCACUCACUUUGAUUAGCAUCCUCGGAGGUACAAAUUAGCAAACAAGCUCAAGUGUUCCUGUGAAGAAAUGCCCUCUGCGGACAUAAGAACAUUUCACAAGUAUGUGAUUUUCCCUGCCAUUCAGAUGAUGACAGUUUCUCCUAGUGAGAAUAUUCUCUAAGCAUGUAUGGUUUUAAGCUUUGUAGAAACCAUACUAUAAUGAAACAUUUGGAGCUUAAUAACCUAAUUCUCUCCCAGCCUGAACCAGUCUUUUCAUUCCUCAAAAAUUAUUUAUUUUAGUAGCACUCCUUUUGCUUUUAAAAGAAAUAUUCUUCUUAGUGUCUUGGAAAACAACCCCUAAGUGAAGAAAGGUGAUGGUUGUGGUAUGCAGGGCUCAACAGUAUGAGUGUCACACUUGGCAUUUGAGUCCAAAGAAGCCAUAUAUGCAAGAUGUAAAAUAUAUUUAGGAACAUGCACAUGAUUUAAAAGUGUUAAAAUAAUUCAGACGGGGCAGUCUCUGUCUUUCAGUGAAGAAAAAGUCUGAUAGCACAAGAAUGACACCUCUCUUGGGUAUAGUUUAUGUUUCAAGCUGCAGCCUCUCUCCCCUCUGUCUGGGAAACACAGUGGACUGAACAUGCAGCACAGCAGUCGACGUGAAGUGAAAUAUGCUGUCAUCCCAGGCAGUAGGAAAAUAUACAGGCUACCUGCAGGAAAAAUGUUGUGUUCAACACUGAUAACAGUAGAACUAAGUGUUAUGUAUGUGCUUUGUAUGUUCGUGUGUGAAUGUAUGACACAUUACUUUUUAUAUGUGCACCGUGGCGUGAGUGGCUUUUUUUUCGCCAUCCCUGCGCCAUUAGUGUGCGCAGAUGUAGCUCGUGCAUGCGCAUUGUCAGAGACUGUUUUUCAUUCAGGUGAAAAUUCCUAGAGCUGGUGUCUGCUCUAUAAUAACCAUACUUGACAUUUCUCUCUCCUCCAGCCUGUGGAGACUAACAGAUGCUUUCCAUUCCAGUUGAACCCAUUAAGGCCUUCUCUUCUCUACUGCAUCCACUGGCCUGUCCUUUGGCAGGGCCUUUCUGAAUGUCAAAACUCACUGUUUAGCAUCACAAUAAAGCAGAUACGGGGCGAAAGAGUAAAGGAAUGGAAAUAGCUGCUGGCUGGCAAAGGGCAUGGACAAAAAUAUUUAUUUUUAAGACUGACAUUGCUCAUUCAGUGUUGUGUAGCCUGGAUAUUUUUUAUGUACUAUAUUUUUUUACGUUUAUUUUGGACACCCAGUGACUGUAAUAUAAAUCUGGCUUAACUGUCACUGUUGACUUUUAUUGAACGACUGAUUAUACUGGUUACAGUUCUUUUCUUCAUAUUUCUAGUUGUUAGAAAAAGACUUACAAUAGUGCAUUUGGCAUUCUUGACUUGAAAAUCAAGAAAAUGAGACUUUUUACCUGACCUCCUUCACUGUUAGUCUUAAAAUGUGUUACUUUAAUGUUAAAACAUCAGUAUUAAAAUGCCUGAAAAGUUCAUGCUUUUGACAUAUCAUUUCCAUCCAGUUUAACUAAUGAAGUAAAAAUUGCACGGGACAGUGAAACAUAUUUUAUAAAUCGGCCAUAUUAAUUAUCCUUAAUUAAUCACAUUAGAGCCCUGUGGGAAUAUGGGUUCAAAUUAAACAAUAACAAAUUCAACAGAGAAUAUGAUUGACAGAAUAUAAUGAAUACUUUACAGAUUUAUAUAAUAAUCUUUGGAAAAGUCAUUGAAAGAAUAAUUGAUGACUUUAAAUCUUAAUGCAAGUUUUGAUUAAAUUGAAAACAUAAUAAUCAUGCCCAGUAGACUUGAUGAUUGUUUUGGUUUUUAGGCCGUGGCAUCAGUGGCUAGUUUUGAUUUGUGCACAAACCUGAUUAUUUUUCUUUACAGGGAGGUAAUUAGCCUGGCUAGUUUGAAUGGUAAUUACAACGUCAACCAAAGAGGAAAGAGACCGUCUAAAUGUAUUUCACAGAUAGUUCUGUGUUUGUCCACAAAGGCUGGCACGCGUUCACAUACACACAGAUUUUAUUCAGCGUGCAGGAGCGUCUCCAGCCAAGCGGAAUUAUUUAUAACAAUUGUUUUGAUACUGUAUAACUUUACAAUUGCAAACUAAAAUAACAGAAAAUUGCUCAUUUUCUGCUAGUGCUUAAAACAGGCAGAGAUGUUGGGGUAUAUUUGACUGCAUCAGCUCUACUGCUGUAUGCAUCUCCUUAUUCUCAAUUUGAGGUCUGCUCGCACUGAAGUACAACAUUGCAACAAACAGCAGAGCUUUCAAGAGAAACAUUUGUUUGAUUUUCUUCAAAAGAAUAAAUACAAACAGCAUUCAUGUUUCGCACAUGUAUAAUCACUACAAUAUAUUCAUGAUUGAUAGUGUAUAAUGUAGCUGUACAUUAAUAAAUGCUGAUUCCUGAUUUAUAAACAUAUGUGAAGCCUUAUGUGUGGCGGUUCCAGCUAUGUCCACUGGCAAUAGACAAAUGAUAAACAAUUGUGUAAGAUAUAAUGCAAUAAGAGAAGUUGUAACUCUUUACAAUAUCCUGUCCAGACACUUUCUUUCCAAUCUCAGUGUUACUAACUUGUACAGUUUUUGUAUAAUGCUUUUCAGUACUAUUAAGGGGAAAGAAAUGUAUUAUCACCUUGGUUUUGGUCCAGAGCAGGUAGAUUAGUCAUAGUGCGUUAAUCAUCCUCAGCACAUAACCAAAACCAAUUUAAUAUUACUGAACCAAUGGCCGUGAUACUCUGUUUUUUAAAAAUUAACGUCAGCUCUAGUAAUAUUGCUCAAAGAUCAUUUUUAAGUGCUUAUGUUUUGUUGACACAUCUCAUUCUGGUGAAAUAACAUUUCUGCGCCAUGCUGUGCACAGGCCCAUUUCUUUUCUAGAAGAGAUCAAAAGGGCAGUUUGUCUCUUAUUUUCUAUUGAAUUUAUACACACUCUAAGAAGUGGGGGUUUUUUUUCGCCCUAAUAUUAAGUUUGGAGGUCAACGUGAAGUUGUCAUAGAAACAACUUCACGUUUAAAAAUUUGGACUGUAUUUGAAAAUUAGCCAGUUGACUGUGGAAGUAGUCCAAAUCUCUGAAGGAGCCAUGCAGUAAAUGUCAUUGUCAGCUGUGGCAUAAUGUAGAGGUAAGAACACUGAGUUCUUGCUAAAAGGGAUUCUUCUUGUUUGUUUGAGGAAGGGGGGAAAGCACAGAGUGAGCUGUUCUUAUAUGAAGUAUUUGAGAAUAAGAAUGGCGUUUUCAGUUCUGAGUCUAAGACUAAACUAUUGGAAACUUUAACAACCAUUAUUCAACUUACUAGCACACAUAGACUUGACGUUGUCCCUGGAUGACAGCUCUGCUUAUUUCUGUGCUUUUUCCUGUAUUACAGGGGAAAGUGUUAGACUGGCCAGCCUGCAUGAGCUCAGUGUGAGUGUGAGAAGGUUAAAGAACAAGGCUUAUCAAUCUAACAAGGUUUUAGAAAGAGGCUGACUGCUUGCAAAUCAUCCAUCAGCCUCGGCAGCGGGUUCAGUCUGAGCUCUGACAAUGGAAGGUGUUUGGGCUACAGCAAGAGGGGACAUGAUUUAUCAGGGAAGUGAGCGAUUAUGCGAAGCCUCUGCACAUGAGAGACGGGCAGAACUAAAAAGAUGAUCUCAUAUCAUUUCAUGAAACAUGCAAAGAAUAGUUCAUGGGUGCUUGUGAAAAAUAGCCACAUGAAGACACUGUGGAUAAAUGAAGCGUGGGUCUGCCCGAGUUUGAAUGGAGAACAUUUCAUGGGAUUCAACUUCAAGUAGAACUUUUUCCCCCCUCUAAAGUAAAUGCAGAACAGCCCGUGAGUGCUAAGAAACUCUUUCUGAUGACUUAAUGAGAAUUUUGUAUUAAUUAUUGUAAUCAUUGGCCUUCUAGCUUGUCACUCUGGCGUGGCAUAUUUAAAAACAUCUUACUUUGAAAGAAAUGACAAAAUGUUGCACUUUUCCCCUUUUUAAUGGAUAAUUAUCUGUCUCAGGUUUUGGAGAAGGGAAAAUGAUGAGCACCAAAAUAGAUCACGGAAAGAGAAAAGUCUCUGAUCUUCUCCUGGCACUGUAGUGGAAUCAAAUAUGAAACGCUUAACGUUAAACCACGUCGCUUUUCAUGUGCAAAUUCGACUUCACACAUUGACAGUUCACACUGGCUCAGUGGAUGACUGGUUUGGAUCUUACUUAUGUCAUCUUUUUUAUUAAAUAUAAGUCAUUAUCUUUUGUCCCUGUUCCCAAGACUGUGAAGGAAUCAUACUUCGAUGAAAGGGGGUAAAGAAGUUGACAUCCACUUUAGUCUGCUUAAGUGAUUCACUUUGAAGAUUCAAACAGAGAUAAAUAAAUAUCAACAAACAAUGAUUACAGACCAACGCACCUCUCUUUUCAGCCUUUUCAAAUUUUCAGAGGUGGUUGAUAGACGCCUCGGGUAUUUAGAUGGAGAGCAAGAGAGACUUUGAGAGCUAAAAUAAGAGGUGACUCUGCCUGUAGACUGUUUGUGUAUGUAGAACAGAUGGAUUUCUUUAUGGAAUCCUUUCAACAGCUCACACCCUGAGCUGUUUUUCUAGUUUCUCAAAUGAGCAUAGAGCAGCAUUAUAAAUUUGAGCUUUUAACUCUACAGAUUUUUAUUUUUUAUAAAGGCAGGGUAGGUGAUUGUCCAAGUUUCAUAUUGUUGUGUUGCUCUGUGUAUGCUAGUUACACUACACCCCAUACUGUUCUAUGCCAGGCCUAAUCCCCAUGCAAAGGCUCUUCAGAUGGUUUUUGAUGCUUAGAAAUGUAGUGAAAAGCAAAAAAGGGAAACAUUUUUUUAAGUGACACAUAGAGAACACAAAGACGUUGCAGUGUGUUACGGAAGAGAGUGUUGGAAGUAGGUUCUCACAAAUGUUUGUUGUUGCAUUUUGCCUUUAUAAAUAUACCUUGAUGUGUAAGUGCUUAAUGGCUGAAGCUCUGAGAGCCUGUCAUUGAUUUCAUACUACGUUACAGCUGCAGAUAUUUUUCCUGGAGCUAAAAAUAUUUGAUAAUAUCACAUCAAGAAUGCGGUCAAACCUCUUUUGCUCCCACUUAAAUGGACAAAGAAUAUGUGUCAGAAAACUAAUCUCACCGAUUUUUUUUUCCAAGGACUGAUGAAUGCCCAAUAUAUAGUGUGUUCCCAACCUUAGAUGCAGGCAUCAAAGAGAUAAAUGGGGAAGCCUAUCGAGUAUUCUCAGCACUGUUAUUGUCGUCAAGAAAAUAUACAAUUGUCAAUCACACCAAUAGCAAAUGACAGAAAAACAGUAGCGGGAGAUUGUCUGAUUCCGGAGCAAAUUUAAUUUAAAUAACAACAGUAAGCACAAGAACUAAUUGAGCAUUACACUUACUGUGCCAACAGUGUUUUGUUUUACCUAAAAUACAUUUCUUUCUCUUAAUUUUACAUCUUAAGGGUCAAGAUGUCAGUUUGAUCAAAUAGCACAAAAUUCACUUUCACUGUAUUGAUGGAGCAGCACGAAUCUUAGAGACGGAUAUCUUAAAUCCAAGCAGAUAGAAGUGAGACUGUCUGCAUGGCUAGAUACCACUAGAGGUAAAGGGGAAAAUAUGUCUUUGUGUAAUUCGUGUGAAGUGACCCUUCAAGGUGAGUUAAAGCACAAUUCCUCUGAGUAAAGCUGUCCAGACCUUAUGGUUCUGUACUGCGUAGCUGACCAAAAUGGAAAGUUUAAAAGAGAGUGGAAUGGACAAGGAUGCUGAGCUCAAAGUAAAAACAAAGGAAAUAAACAAUGUUAGAAGACAGGUGUCUAAUUCUUUUUUUUUUCUUUUUUUUAAUCGCUCUUCCCUUCUGCCUUUCUCUCGCUCUUGAAUGAUGAAAUUGCCAAUGAUUUAUUACAAAUGUCAGCGACAGGCGCAGCAGACUGCUGUUUUGUCCCUGUCAGAGCCAAGUAGAGCCUGAGGUAGGCAGCUUUACUUAUCAAUCAACUGUUUUCUCCUCUCUUCUGCCACCACUCAGUUACAACCAUGUUGGUCUUUGGGUUGCAGACUGGUAAGCUUUGUACUGAGUUCGUACAAGUGAAGAGACAAGAAGUGACACAAAACCUUUUUGUUGUUUAAAGGCAGUGCUUUUUUUAUCGCUAGUCCAGAUUCUCCUGUUACCAAAGCCAUCUAAAAACCUUGCUGUAAAUGUUAUCUACAGUUUAGUUGUGCAGAGGUGCAGAGUUAGUUGUGUAUGAAUUAUAUAAACAGAAGAUCAGAACUUUCCUAGUUGGCUAUAAGCUUCAUGAUUAGUAGAUGGCAGAUGGGUGACCUGUGCUACCACUCACUAUUACAUAUAGGCAGUCUUGUGAACCAACCAGUCAAGCAAAGUAGCUGUGUUGCUACUGUGUUGAUUAUUUGAGGAUUUGCAAGGAAGAACCGCCCUGGAGCUACUCUUAAUUAUCUAGCAUUUCCAAAGCCUUUGACUGUGCAUUUACAGACUAUUUACUUUUUUUUCUACCUUCAUAAUUCAUACCCUAUUGUUAGUUUUUGAUGAGGUCUUGCUGCUUAAUUACAGUUGUAUUUGAAAGGUCUUUGUUUAGCAAGAGCUAAUUUGUUAGACUUUUUUUUUUCUCAGAUAGAAGACCGAGGGGUGAGGUUGAUGUCAUUUGCUGUCUCUCACCAAAGUAAAGCUUGCGGAGGAAAACAGUAGCUAAUGACCUAAACCAUGAAAAGCUGUGAACCAUGAAAGACUGUCAUCUUUGUUGGAAGAAGGAAUAAACUUUUUCUACAAUGCCAUACAGAUAAGUGACUUCAGGUGAAUGUGGACUAAAAAGACUGGUGUUAAUCUCACAGCCUGCUGUUGCAAUUAUUUGACAGAUGGUGGAAAAAUGACCAACUACUACUUAUGAAUGAAAAUAAUUAAUUAGAUAAACAGUUUUCCUAUAUUUACUUUCCUAUUUCCUCUUAUCUCUUAAAUUGCUAACAUCUUGGAGCCUGCUAAAGGGCAGGAUCCAGUGCUUGUGAGUAUAACAUGACAUAUUGAUAUUUGCCAUUAUAUUGGUGUUGGCAUUUUUGAUGCCCAAUAAAUGAGAAUUUUAAAAAAGUGAAGAAGAGACAGGAGAAACACCCUUCAAUCGUGUUAUGAAUAAUGACGUUUCAUAACUUGUCCACCAGA